AUGCCCCGAAAUUAUGUUAGAAAAUCUCUACGUGCAACCUGUUACACUGCUGAUGAUGUGCUUCGAGCUAUUGAGAAAAUUGAAAGGAAGGAGUUAACUCUAUUUGGAGCAGCUAAGACAUAUAAUAUACCGCUUUCAACUCUACACAAUAAGUUGUAUAAGAAAACGGGCAAUAAAAGCAAAACGUUGGGUCGGGCUCCUAUCCUUUCCUAUGAAAUUGAAGAGCAAUUAGCAAACGGCCUAAAGACUUUGGAAAAAUGGGGGUUUGGCCUAUCCAGAAACGAAGUUAUUACACUUGUGUCAAAGUAUAUUCGCCUUAAUAAUAUAUCAACCCCAUUUAAAGACGGUGUUCCUGGACCAGAUUGGUUUACAAGUUUUCGUAACCGCCAUGGCCUUUCUCUCAAGAAAGCUCAACCUGUUGAACACGCCAGAAAAGUGAACACUGAUCCAUUUAGCAUAAAUGAGUACUUUGAACUUUUACAGGCAACUUUAAAAAAAUUAAAUUUGGAGCAAAUGCCUUCACAAAUCUGGAAUUUGGAUGAAACAUCAGUAAGCUUUGACCCCUCGAAGACAAAAGUAGUAGGAAAGAAGGGAGUUCCGUCCUCCAGAACCACACAUGGGACUGGUAAAGACAACACAACCGUGUUAACGGCCGUUAAUGCGGAUGGAGUGAAAAUUAGUCCUUUAAUUAUAUUUAAAGGGAAAUUUGUGUGGGAUUCAUGGAUGGCUAAUACUGACAAAAAAUAUAAUUUUGAAUUGUCCUAUGCUGCAAGUCCAAACGGAUGGAUAGACUCGAAUAUAUUUCUGAAUUAUUUAGAAAAAGUAUUUAUUCCAGCACUUGGGAAAGACCGACCUGUCUUGCUUAUAUAUGACGGACACAAUUCCCACGUCAACUUAAAUGUUGUGGAAUUGGCCCUUAAAAACAAUAUCACAAUAUUGAAACUACCACCACACACGUCCCAUCUUCUGCAACCGUUGGAUGUUGCUGUGUUUAAAUCUUUUAAAAGUAGAUGGGAUGCUAAAUUGGUAGAAUGGCAAAGAAAAAACACGGGAGUGAAACUGCCAAAAAAGAUAUUUUCCGAACUAGUUGCUGAAAUUUGGAACGAUACCGAACCCCGAGUAAUAAUGAACGGAUUUAGAAAAGCGGGUAUAUAUCCCUUUAACUCUAACGUGAUCCCUACUGAUAAGUAUGAUCCAGGAGCAUACAAACGCUGGCAAGAAGUUCAAAAAAAUAAACCUUGUCCUCUAGAGGAACAGUCUUCGUGUCCUCUACCAGACGAUCGACCACAACAUUCACCGCCACUCCACGAAAAUGCCCAUCUUUCGCAGCAAGAUCGCAAAGUAGAGGUUCAGUUUACUAAAUAUACUAAAACGCCAGUAUCUUUAAACCAACUUUGCAUAGACAUAAUUACGUCCCAAAUGUUGAGAGACGAUAAUUCAACUAAAGAACCAGAAAAUGUGCAUAUGUUGACAGAUGCACUAAAAUGUCAAGAACAAGCACAAACAUUCAUAACAAACAAAAAAGAAAAUUUACCGAUAUGCCUGCAACCAAAAAGAAUAACUAAAGAUUCAACAACGAAACCUAACUCAAAUGUCAAUAUAAUUAGUAAUACGUUAAUAAGUUUUGAAGACCUUCUGCUUAAUACAGUAAAACAAAGCCCUCGACAUGAUCAUAACAUGAAAAAAAAACGAGUGUCGAAAGGAGCUGAAGUGAUCACAGAGACUAUGAAAAACCAACUAGAAGAAAAGAAAACACAAAGUAUACUUCAAACCAAAAUAAUAAUACCAAAGAAGAAAACGAAUGCCACGAAGAAAAAUAAGGCUUUGAAAGAAAAUGUUAUUCAAAGAAAACGAAAACUUUCAUUACAUAGUGACGAAGAUUCCACAGAAAAUGAAGAAAAAUAUCAAAUGAUUGGUAAAACUAGUCAAGUAAAAAAUAAAUACGUUAGUAAAUGUAAGAUAAAACAAGAAGGUCACCAUAAAGAGGAAAAAAAUAAAAAUAUACAAAAGAAAAGAAAAACGGAAAGCAUUGGGAAUGAUACAAAAUUUCAAGAGAUUGGUGAAAGUAGUCAAACAAAUGAAAAUAAAUACAAAACUAAAUGUGAAAUAAAAAAAGAGGGCUGCAGAAAAAUGAAACUUAGAAAAUACAAAUCGUCUAGUGAUACAGACAGCUCUGAAAAAGAAACGGAAAUCAUUACUAUGGACACUGAUGUCUCUGAUUACGAAAAUAUGGCUGAGUUUAUAGAUAAAUGUUUGAAGGAGCAAGAUGAAGACCAAGAAAACAUAGAUCCGUAUGCAAUCAUACCACUGGGUUUGAGUGACAUAACAUUUUAUAGUGACGACAACGAUUUAAAACAAGGUGAUUGGCUCAUAGUAAAGUUUACAACAAAAAAGAGUGUCAAACAUUUUGUUGGAACUAUAAUGUCAUUUGCACACAAACUGCCUGUUGUCAAAUAUGUCAGAAAAGUUAAGCAAUCAAAAUCUGACACGGUGACAUCAUUUACCUACCCAAUAGUAGAAGAUAUAGGUGCCCUAAAAAGCAAAGAAGAUAUUCUUUGUGUAUUACCUCAGCCUACUAUAUCUCGUCGUGGUCAAAUUAAAUUCGAAGUUGAUUUCCAUAAAUAUAAUAUUCAGUGAGGCAUUAAUUUUUUUAGCACGCCUGCACUAAUAUUGAUCUCAGCUGCCUAAUAUAAGUAAUAUUGAUCUCAAGAUUGACUGAUUUUAGCACAUACAUAUUGUUAAGAUUGUAA